UUUAUUACUUACUCCUUCACACUGCAAGGCAACGUCUCUCCAAGAGAAAGAGAAAGAAAGAGUCACACACGCUAACCAUCAGCUGGAAGAUUCGGAAGAACAUCUACAAUGUUUGUCAAAGAAGUUUCUGGGAAAGAAUUACGUGACUUCCACGGAAAAGGUAGGGUGGCUGAUCGGAUAAGGAACUCUCCACAGGAAGCUCCGUCCAAUAAUUCCCCUGCCACACCCGUCAUAAAUAUUGUAAAACGGCCUCGACUAGAGGUUUCCAGUUCACCUCCUGUGCAAAUUCCUAGAAGCAGCCAGCCCAGUUCAUCUGAAGGGGUGAAUGUUUCCAUUUCACCUCCUGUGCAAAUUCCUAGAAGCAGCAAGCUCAGUUCUUUUGAAGGGGUGAAUGAAAUGUGGAUAUCGGUGUUCAAUGACAUCGUUAGUAGUAAUGAUGGUGAUGCUACAUCGGUCUGGGAUAAUCAUUUCCCAUUUGGAGACCUUAUUGAUAAGCAUUUCAUUAAGGAAAAGUUUGCUGAAAAAUUUAAGGACAUGGACUUUAAAAGGGUACUCCAAACUAGCCUGGUAGAUUCCAUUAAAAUGACCUUGCUUCAUCGCGUCAUCGGGCAAAAGUUUGAUAAGAUAGUAAUGGAAAAAGAGGCUUAUGUUGGACAAGUUACUGAAUUGAAAAAGAAGUUGUCUGAAUAUGAGAAGAAGAUGGCUGAGAUGACGACUCUUGAAGAUGAAUUGAACAAAUUGAAGAAAACUUCACGGGAUGACAUUCUGAAAAUACAAAUAAAAGAAGAUGCUCACAAGAAAGUAGUUGACAAGUUGAAUGCUGAAAUCAAAAAGCUUAAGGAUGAUGCUCCAUUAAUUUACAAAACCGGCUAUGAUAACGCAGUAGAUGAAGUUGUACGUUUGGCAUCAGGACUUAAACCUAAACCAAGUAACUAAAAUUAUUCAGGGUAAAGAUUUUUUUGAAGGUGGGUAAGAAAUUGGUUGCUGAAUGAAGAAGAAUGAGAAAAUGCCCUUUUAAACUUCUUUAGCUGGAGUAUUUUUUUGGGGGUUUAUAUGUUUUGGAUUCCUCUUGAACCUUAAUAGGACAUGGUUCUCUAGUAGAUUUGUUCUGGAACUUUGGCAUUGUAUAGUAUCUAAACUCAUCUUUAUAUUAUAUUUUGCUUUUCUCUUCAA